AACACACACACUGACGGAACAAGUACAGUUGGAGUGCGCGCACCGCAGUGUAUCCAACCAGCCUGAAACAGCUGUUGAUGCGGUGAGUGAAUCCGGAGGUAAACCACCAAUCAUGACGUCACUGGGGAGCAGCAGUUCCUCAACCACAGAGUACACUGUGCGAGUCCCCAAAAACACUAGCAAGAAGUACAACAUAAUGGCCUUCAAUGCAGGGGACAGAGUCAGCUGUUCAUCCUGGACACAGGCUCGUAUGGAAAGAGACAUGAGUGCUCGGCGGAUAUACGGGGAGGAAGAGACGGCGGAAGGUGCGGCAGGUAGCGAGUUCGGCAAAAAGCAGCGUGAGGAAGCUCGGCGGAAGAAGUUUGGUAUCGUGACUCGUGAGUUCAAAGUGGAGGACCAGCCCUGGAUUCUCAAGGUUAACGGCAAGGCUGGCAAGAGGUUCAAAGGACUGAAGAAGGGCGGCGUUACAGAAAAUGCGUCCUACUACAUCUUCACACAGUGUCCGGACGGUGCUUUUGAGGCCUUUCCCGUUCAUGGCUGGUACAACUUCACACCGCUGGCCAAGCACCGAACCCUGACUGCUGAGGAAGCAGAGGAGGAGUGGGGCAGGAGGAACAAGGUGGUGAAUCACUUCAGCAUCAUGCUUCAGAGACGCCUUCGGGAGCAGGAGCGCGGUGAGGAUGAUGAAGAUGAGGCCGAUAAAUCCGGGAAGAAGAAAAAGAAGAGUGGUGGGAGAGGGGGCGACCUGCGCAUUCACGACCUGGAAGAUGAUCUGGAGAUGAGCAGCGACGACAGUGACAGCAGCAUGGGAGACGAUGGAGAAAGCAAGACCAAGGCGAAGAAAGACACAGGGAAAGGAAAAGGAAAGAAAAAGAAGCGAAAGAGCAACGACAAGGAGGCCCUGGAAGACAGCGAUGAUGGAGACUACGAGGGUCUGGAGGUGGACUAUAUGUCUGAUGAAAGCAGCUCAGAAGAAGAGCCAGAAAAAGGAAAGCCCAACAAAGGAGGGGAGGAACAUCCUAAAGGGAUCGAUGAGGCGUCUGAAAGCGAGGAAGAGAGCGAGGAGGAGAAACAGAACGAGGAGGAAACAAAAGAGGAGGAAGAGGAGGAGGAAGGAAAGAAAACUCCGGUUCAAGUGGAGAAGAAGAAGAAAAAAGACAGCAGCGGGGAGUCGGACAGCUCGGACGACAGCGACAUCGAAGGAGAGACCGCUUCUGCUCUGUUCAUGAAGAAGCGCACACCGCCGAAGCGUGCAGGCGGUCGUGGAUCUGCAGGCAGCUCCAGGACCGGCAGUCGUCCCGGGACGCCGUCCAUCGACUCGGCUUCCACCUCCAACACGCUCCGUGCUGCUGCCAGCAAGCUAGAGCAAGGUAAGAGACAGACUCCGGGUCCUGGCACUGACUCACCAGCAGCCAAAAGGCUUAAGAUGGAGCCCAGCAGCCAGAGCCCUGCUCCUUCUGGGAAGAGCACACCUCAACCCCCUUCAGGCAAAUCCACUCCUAGCUCAAGUGAUGUGCAGCUAACGGAGGAAGCAGUCCGCCGCUACCUGAUCCGCAAACCGAUGACCACCAAAGACUUGCUGAAGAAGUUCCAGACCAAGCGCACAGGUUUGAGCAGCGAGCAGACUGUCAACGUGCUAGCACAGAUCCUCAAACGGCUCAAUCCGGAGCGCAAAAACGUAAACGACAAAAUGCACUUCUACCUCACCGAGUAACUGAGGGAAGAGAGGGAUGGAGCGGUGGGGGUGGUAGAGGGAAGGGGAAGGGCUGAAAAUGAACAUGUUUGGGUGUUUUCAUAAAACUCUGAAGGUCGUCACAACGCGUGCUGUGACACGAACAUGGCAUGAAGCUGGAACUGUCUUCCCAAGUGGUGAUUUUGUCAAAAAAAAAGUAUUUUGAAUUUGUUUUUCCUAGUUUGAUAAUCUUCCAUAAGUUGACAGAGACCUUGUCAAUGAGUGAAAAACAAAUCAGUCUCUGUGUGGUUUGUCUACGUGUGUAAACUUAGAACUGGAUGAAUACAAAAGACUUUAACUGUUUUUUUCUUAGGUAGAAACUUUUGUAAUAAAAUUUACUAAAACACA